AACAAGUUUCUUUCAUAAAACUUAUAGUUCUUCUCAGCCGAUCGUGUUUGGAACGUAUUAAUAAUUCAAAAUGUUCAACUACAAGGUGCUGUUCGUCUUGUACUCGCUUCUACUCUUUACUAUUAUGACAAAAUGUAUUGCGUUAUCGGAAUUAUCUACGGAAGAUGGAAAUAUCGAUAAAGAUGACUAUAAUUGUAAUAAUCAAAGCAUAACUUUAAAUUUUAAAAAUAUCGUUUUAUCCAAUAUUGGAUCGACUUUCAUUGCUAGUCCUCUUAUAUCGUGUUUGAAUUUACAAGGCAAUGGAAUUAGCACAAUAUCGCCACAUGCUUUUGAUGAGCUUCCCAACUUAUCUUAUUUGAACUUAACAGACAACACGUGGAAUGGACAACAGAUGUUAUAUAACGGCGGGCAUAAAAGUCUAAAGACACUUAUUUUGAAUGAUGUCUUGUCAUGGUACGAUAUGCAAACUAGUAAGAGCAGUAUGCAUAUAAACGCAUCGUAUCCUGCAUUAGAAAAGUUGUUUUUAAGAAAUAACCGCUUAAAUGAAAUUACAGGAAGUAACGAAGCUAAUUUUCCUAAACUUUUAUAUUUGGAUCUUAGUCAUAACCGAAUUAGGACAUUCGGGAUUCACAGAAGAUAUGGUAUUUCAAAUAACGAUUUCUCAUGGUUACCUAAAUCACUGAAAUAUCUUCAGCUUGACAAUAAUCUCUUAGUGUCACUGUCACUCACAAAUAUGAAUGAACUUGAAUUUUUGUCAAUAAAUAAUAAUCAGCUUGAAUCUAUAUUAUUGCAGAACCUUGAUAAACUUCAAAAACUUUCAACUACAGGCAAUAUGCUCGAAUCAAUGAUAUUAAAAAAUUUAAAUGGUCUCAAGAAAAUUUCAGCUAAAGAUAAUAAACUCAAGGUCCUCUCAUACAAUAGCUUCCAAGGAAUACCUCAACUUGAAGACUUAAAUUUAGCAAAUAAUCAAAUUUCCGAUUUUGAUGGACGGAUUGUAGAUUUUAUACCAAAACUGCAGAACCUUAUUCUCGAAAACAAUCUUUUAACUGAUGUUCCUGUAAUAAGAGAUGCACCCUGUUUGCAGCUUUACUCUCUACGUUGUAAUAAAAUAAGCAAAUUAGGGUCCAAUAAUUUCAAUAAUAUGCCGAAUUUAAAAUUCUUGGAUCUAGAUAAUAAUGUGAUUGAUAAGAUAAAUUCGGAUACAUUUUCUCAUCUUGCAAAAUUGGAAACCCUCUCUUUGGGCAGAAAUAGUCUUUCGAUUCUUCCUGCUCAAUGGAUGAUUAAACUGCAAAAUCUUAGAUACCUUAAUUUGGAAGAGAACUUUUUCACAAACAUAGAAGCUCUUGAAUUAAACGAUAGUCCAUCUUUAAUGCAAUUGUUUUUACAAAAUAAUCCUUUAAAAUAUUUGCGUGCUCAUUCAUUAGAUUUAGUACCUGCAAAUGUUACUAUAGAACUAGAUAAGUCGCUGUCUGCCAUGUCCGAGUGUAAAAAUAAUACCGACGAUCGAGGCUAUUUGUAUUCAGAAAGAAUUUAUAAUUUUUACUGAGAAACGAUUAUAUCGCCUUUUGUAUCACAAAUUUCCAGAAUUAUUGUAUUAUUAUAUCUUUAUUAUAUCUUAAUAUUAAUAUCGAUUUUUUCGUAUUUAAAAAGUGUAUUUGUCAUAGAAAUACGUAUGUAUUAUUUACUAGAUGAUGCAAUGAUACUGAACAUGUUUAUUAAACAUAGAAUAACAACUUUACCCAUCUUAUUAUUUUUGAGCAGUAAUGCAAUGUUCCCAGGUAAAAG